CGAGAUGAAGACGGUGAGGGCUUGAAAAAGAAAAAGAGGUCUGUAACAGGCUGCAGGCCCAUCCGCCGACACAAAGACAGACUGCUUCGCCAUGUUGGAAGAAGAUAGCGCCCUUGUCCCUGUACGACCGAGGCCGGGGAAAACGUAAACGCGUCGGUGAGUGUUUCUAAAAACGGGAGUCGAGGCUACGCAGAGGAGCGGAGCGGCGCGGCGGCGGAGGAGCUCAGGGCGGACGGGGAGGACAGCGGCUUCACCGGUCAGCCAUGGAGGAUGCGGCCCGUGGUCGCCAGCGUCUAAUUUGCCACCCGGCCCACGCUCAUUUUGAUGGGAAUUACCGCUGAACGCAAAGGCAAGCCGGGACAACCCACCACCUGACACUUGAGGGGAGGAAAACGCGAAGCGGACCCCCACGUCAAUGACUGUUGCGGCAGAGGAGCCCCCACGGUGGAGUCGGCCGGUUCCCAAAAUAUGACCAGGGGUGCUGGGACGUGUUGGCAGCAAGAAGAUGACGACGGCUUCCAAAUCUGGCUAGAGCCCCCCCGCGACAACCAAAAGCCAUUCACCGACUCAGAGAGGGCGCAGAGAUGGCGACUGUCCUUGGCAUCCCUCUUGUUCUUAACCAUCCUCCUCUCUGAUCACCUGUGGUUCUGCGCCGAGGCCCGGACCCGGGUCAAGUUCGCACCCUCCCACCUCCUGUCACCCCAGACCCACUCAGCACACAGCAGCCUCAGAGGAAACCCAGCUAUUUUUAUAGGAAACUCUACCAAACAUUUGUGGCGGCUUGAAACUUGCCACCAGGAUAGUUUAUCUAAAGACUGCUUUACUCUCGCGAAUGCCGACGACUUGUGCGAGGGCCUUUCCGACAAAGAGGGGACGCGGGCUGUAAAUAUGAGCGAUUUGUACCUUUCCUUUUGUAACUCCUACUCUCUGCUGGAUUUGUUCUACGGGUCGACAAGUCCGGACAAUUUGAACUGCAGCCUCGAAUUGCUCACCGAUGACACCAACAGAUGCAGCGAGUGCGUCCAGGCGUACCAGCGCUACGACCAGCACGCCCAGGAGAAAUACGAGGACUUUGAGCUCCUUACUCAGAAAUAUGAGCCGGGGGCUUAUUCAGUGAGGACGUGCAUGGAGCAGUGCAAGACAGCCUACAAGCCCUGGCUGUGUGCUCAGUAUUUCCCCACCACCCCGCAUUCCUGUAAGAAGAGGGUACCGUGCCACCAGUACUGCCUGGAGGUCCAGCAGAGCUGUCCGUUCAUCCUGCCCGACAACGACGACCUGAUCCACGGCGGCAGCCCCAGCUUCAUCUGCACAGGACUCCUGGGAGAACAUCCAUCAGACAGUGAGGCGAAGUGCUGCGACGUCCGAUGGGACUCCAAAAUGGACAACCCUUCAGGCGAGACACUAAAAAGGACUGCAUCUUCCUGCCAGCCCGAGGGGGCCUCAGUCACCUCAGCUGCCACCCCGAGACUGUGCAGUGGGCGACUGAAGAUCUGCCUGCUGGCCCUUGUCCUCCUACACACUGUCAUCAUCAUUUCAGCCUCCCAUAAUUCCACGUUGGUGGGCGUGGCUGCCAUUUUCUCGCCUGAGGAGAGCGCUUCUAACGAGGAGUGAACCUUGGGGUCGAAUCUGGUGCUUGUAAAGAGUGAUGUCGCUCCGGAGGAUUAUGGCUUUUACAAUGUCAUGGCUGCCAGGGACACAUCUGGCGAGACAUGCAGGAAAUGCCUCUUUGAACCAACAACCACAGGAAGUGGGAGGGUUUUAACUGGAGCUAAGGGUGCUGGGAUUGGACAUCAGCCAAACCGAGAUGUUUGAGAACCACCCCCCUAAAGAACUGACCUCUUGCCACUUGAAACCUGCUCAUUGUUUCUAUUCCAUCCAAAUGUUUUUCAAGCAUAUUGUCCCUCCUCCCCUUCUCUUCCGUCCCUCCUUUCCUUCCCUCCUUUCCUACCCUCCCCUGACGUUUUUUGGUGUGUAUGGAUGGCAGAGGAAAAAAAACGGACAUUGAUGAAGUGUGCACUCUCACUCAUCAUUACCUUUAGAUUUUUGCUGCAUUUAUUUCAGGUGCCAGAAUGUUUUGACAUAUCAAAUGUGUUCCACUUCCUGCUCUCCAUCACCUUUGAGGCAUCUUCUUUCUACCUUGUAUGUGUUGCUUGAGGGCCUGCCAGGACCAGCUGAUCCAUCAUCAUUCAUGUGGGUCUUGUUUCUCUGAAAACAAAAUGUAUGUGGUUCUUCAAUAUUCUAAUGUUAUGCUUGUAUUUUGUCCCACUAGGACUUAUUUUCAACCCCUUUUCGAUGGUACAUGCCUACACAUUUUAGGACCUUAAGUGCUCUGAGACUGGCUCGCUUUCUCUUCUAACUUGUUGGGCCAUUGAGCAAGUUAGGAGCGACGAAGUGGCGAACGUCGUGAAGGUUCGGCUCAUGACUGCGAGGUGUUACAGGAGCCGGUGAGCUCCUAGAUGGGAAGUGGUGUUCUCUAGUUUCUAAAUCGUUCAGUUUACCUCAUACGGUAGUGUCGGUGUUGCAGAUAGGCAGCCCGGUGGCUCGUCUGAACGUUGAAGUAUUUAGAGUAGUCGUAUGCGAGACUGCAGGGACAACCCAGGGACAUUAGAGAACAAAUGCAUGAUGCCAAAACACCAGGGACCUCACUUAUCAGCCAUGUGUGAACUUGAUAUCGGUGCUUGAGAAUCUCUCAACAGUAGAAGCUAAGCCUCACCCGCAGGAAUUUGGACUUAAAUUAACUAUACUGUGAACCAAGCUAGCAUAAGAGCUAAACUAAACCUCCUGAGGGCUAUCUUUAGUGUUAUCUGCAACUAGGUAGCAAGAUAGAUUCUUAUCAAAUCGCAGUGAUAUGAUUGGAUCUGUUGGUGGCUUAGUGGAAGCAGUACACAAAGUUAGCAUCUGUUAGCCUGUAUGUCCUUGGUAGCCUAUCCGUGUAAGUAGGACGACACUUCAACAUUUCCAAACAUUUCUUCAGGCUUUGAUCAUUUCUCUUGCAUUGGCUAUUGGCAUCCUUUUGUGGGCAUCAGCAGAAACUCUGAUAAAACGUGGGGCUUUAGGCACAAAAGGAGAAAUUUCAAUGUAGUGUUAGCUGGCUAGCCAAUGCUUCUAGCUAGCCACCAACAUGCAUGCCACAGACAUUCAAAGGCAAGCAGUUAACAAGACUGUUGAUAUUGCAAAUCUGGAGGGGAAAGUUCAGAUUCUCUGUGGAAAAAUUUAACUAAGCUAAGCUAGUCAAUUAGCUUGAUCCAGCAACAACUAAUGUUAUUAGUCUACCACUUUCUAACUAACGUGUAUUACAUAAGCUUGUUAACUUGCAAGCUAUGGCUUUAACUUUUUCAUACCUAAUUAAGUAGCAGAGCUAACUUCUUUAUCAUCCUUAUUAAACUUUUAAGCUAAUGUGACAGAAAACAGGUGGCUAAAUGCUAACAUUAGUGGUUGUCUGGAUGGAUAUGGCGUCAAAAUCUCUGUUUAACAACUUAAUUGCUAACAGUUAGCUAAAACUAGACAACAGCUAAUGCUAUUCAUCACACAUUUUCAUACCUAAUUUAGCAGAAGAGCUAACUGUUGUGUUGGCCUUUAGCAUCUUUCAAGCUGAUGGUAAUAUUAUUGCGUAGGGGGCUAAAUGCUAACAAUCCUGAUUGUAUGGACAGAUACUGCAUCCAAAAUUGUUCUGUUAAACAACUUGGCUAAAACCAUUUGGCUAAAACUAGACAACAGCUAAUACUACUAAUCACCCCGUUUUAAGCUAACAUUCUAUAAUUUAGGAAGUUAAUUUCUAGCUUGACAGUAACCGAUGACUUUGACUCUUUAAAACAUAAUUAUGAGCAGAACUAACUGUUGUGUUAGCCUUAAGCCACUUUAGCAGUUGUCUAGAUGACUAUGGCAUCAAAGUCCUUUGUAAAACAACUUUUUUGCUAACCAGUCAGCCAAAAAUGGACAACAACUAAUCCUAUCCCUUGACCAUUUUCUUAACUUCCUAGCUUAUGGAAUGUUAGCUGAUUCCUAGUUAGCUAUAACUAAGCCUCUUAAUUCAUGACUAGGUAUCAGAGCCUACUGUUGUGUUAGCCUUUAGCCACUUUCAGGCUGAUGUUCAUAUUAUUUUGUUGAUUUGCUUACCAGUUAGCUAAAACUAGACAGCUAAUGAUAUUACACUAUCAUUUUUAGCUAACAUUCACCAGCUAGGAAGUUAACCUCCUUACUAGCUGGUAAGCUAUGACUGAAGUUUUUUCAUACCAAAUUAAGUAACAGAGUUAACUGUUUUGUUAGCCUUUAGUCACUUUCAAGCUGAUGCUAUUAUUACUGAGCAGGGGCAAUAGUGGUUGUAUGGAUACCGUGUCAAAAUGUUUCUGUUAAACCACUUAUUUUCUGACCAUUUGGCUAAAACUAUAUAAUAGCUUUUUAGCAAAACAUUUCAUAAGCUAGAAAGUUAAUUCCUAGGUUACGAGUAAGCUAUGACUUAGGCUCUUUAAUACCUAUUUAUGUAACAGAGCUAACGGUUCUGUUAGCCUUUAGCCACUCUAGCGUUUGUCUGGAUGGAUAUGGCAUCAAAAAUAUCUGUUAAACAACUUGUCUUCUGUCUUUACUAGAUGACAGCUAAUUCCAAAGCUAAUGUGAUAACAGCGCCAACUUUUGCAUUAGCCUUUGGUCACUUUGAAGCUAAUGUGACAAUAGUUCAUGCUUCUACUUGCCCACCUUUUAGCUAACAUUACAUAAGCAAGCAUAAUUCAAAGCUAGUUAGUGAGUUCAGUGAAAGUAUGAGAGAAUUAAUAAUAAGCUUUAGCUGAUAACUAAUUAGCCUUUAGCCCCUCUCGAGGUAAUGGAAACAUGAUCAAGCAGAUGGCUAAAACAUUAGCAGUUGUUUGGAUGUUCUUAAUUAUCUUUUAAGUUAUUGAUCAAACAAGAUGAAAUGAUAAAGGACUUAAAAAAUCAGGUAUCUGGAUACCCAAAUACCCUGUGUUUAGAAACUCAAGGUUUACAAAACAACAGAGGAAAAGGGCAACCGUAAAUAUUGCUAAUGCAGGAAAUAAACCAGAUUUAGUCCCACUUUUUCUGUUGUGAUCCUUUGUAAAUUAGCUCUCAAUGGGUGACGGAUGGGUGGACGACUUUUCGUUCUUUUACCAAGAGUUCAUUCCCACACAUUGACAACUUGUUCUACACUUGUUUGAUAAAUGAGGUCCCAGAUCUUUGAGUGCCUCUCUGCUGUGUACACCCAAUGAGGCAGAUUCAGGCAAUGGAGCAAUAUAGAAAAAAAAAAAGGAAAGCCAGCGUGAGUGUCCCACUUUGUGGCAUCUGCACUGGCCUUUUUCUGCAUCUUGGAAUUGGAGCGAGUGACCAGCAGACCAAUCAAUCAAUCAAUCUGUCGACUCUUAAAUACCCUUAGGCGAGCUGAUCAACUGCUAUCUUUCACAGACUAGCAAAGGGCUGUGUUAGCGUCAGCGUGCGAGGAGUGUGAGGAGUUUUCAAGGGCUGAUCCAUCCAGUUUUGUUCUUUUUUUAUUCGUAUUUUUUGCAUGGCUGCUGCAAGGAAAGUGCACGUUGAAACAAGAAACAGUCAUAUAGGAAGUAGGAAGAUUUCAGACUCCCCUUUUUAGCUAAUAUUGGACAUGAAUAGAUUUUUAGCAACAAUGACAUGCCAGCAAUUUUAGUUAAACCUCUUUAAUGGAACAAUUUUGUCUUACGUGCUGAUUUAAUUAUCAGUUAAAGACAUAGAGGAGUUCUAAAUUCACCUCUUUGUUUCAGUGCACUCCCAAAUCUUGACCUUACCUCGCUUCACAUGGCAUAGCAACCAUCAGUUUGCUCUUUACACACUCAUUACAGGAAUGGGAUGUCCCGUGGAAAGUCAAGUCAACAUUUGCCUCAGACUUUAGCCCAAAAUCUCUCCUCUCAGUUUACACCCUGAUCCCUUUUGCUUGAUAUUCUCGUGCCGUGUCGUUUUGUUGCUUUGUUUUCCUUGGCAAACUGUGAUGACAAAAACUACAUUCCCUUGAAGACAGCAGCGGAUGUAACAGGCUCACACUUUGUGCUCCGUCCCCUUCGAUCUCUAGCUGUUCACGAUCUGAGUCCUGUGGAUCUAUGCAGAUGAACCCCACCACAAACAAACUUCCGCCUUCCCUUCCCCGACCACCGUCACCACCGCCAACAAUGCCCCCUUGUCCUUUCUGUUGUAAAUAUGUCCUGAGGAUGUGGAAUCCCAAAAUGGCCGCCCACCACCCACGCCUUCCCCC